GUUCAGCUCGUCUGCGAUAUUCUUUGCGGCGUCCAUCUUCAUUAAAUUUUGAUAUCAGCUAGAGCCGGCCAGAGCGCUGCAUAAAUAAGUAUGCAGCGCUCUGGCCGGCGCUGCCGCUGCCUUCCCUUGGAGGGCAGCGGCAAUAACAAAAGAAACAAAAGCCGGCGUAUCCGAUUCCAGUAUGGAAAUACAAACAGACAAUGACACGCCCCUACUGUGAGAUAGAAUCCCAGAAAAACUAACAGAUCUCAACUAGCAGAUUCUGCAAAAAAACGAAAAUCACCAAUUUUGAAAAAAAACGCUUCUUUCUCAGUUUGCUCAAUAGUUGUGCUGCCGACUUGUGUCCCUGGUUUCCGUGACAGGUCACAUAUAUGAACACGGCAAUCUCGCUCUGAUCCACACCAAAACAAUCGCACCGAGAUUGCCUGAAUGAGGUAGUCUCAGCCUUAUUAAAAACAAAUUCUGGGGUCGGUUCGGUUGAGGUGAGAAAGCAAUCCGACCCAGCAGACCAACAAACCAAGUGGUAUCAUAAGUCACAUUGGGAAAUGUGUUAUAUAAAAUCAGCAGUGUCUGAUUCUGUAAGUGAGCACAUUAGUUAUUGCAGGUGAAAACCUAAAAGCACCUCUUCAUCUUAAAAUGUUGCGUACUUGCUCUUUUCGAUGCAGUUCAAGAAUAAAUUAUACCCUAUAUAUAAAUUUUCAUAUAGGCCUAUAUAAAUUAAGCCACAAUAAGCUCAUGGAGCAAACUUGUCAAUCCAUCUUGAUGGAUGAUGCAGAGGAAACUCUGACCAAUAAGCGGACAGUUUUACGCACAUGUGACUUGCAUAAACACAUCUUGGUACACUUUGAAAUGUUGCCUUGUGAAAAUGAACCGAACCAAGAUGAAAAUAUAACAUUGUAACAAAUUAAUCCCCUGUUUCGUAACAAAGCAAACAAUCUAUAGGUCUGAAAACACCAUUAAACUUGGUUUGGGCCACUUCUCCUCUUGUGCUUGGCUGGGGCUGCUCUUUGAGAGCAAAGAAACGGAACCGCCGGAACACAUACCAGCUGAUGAGAUCCGGGGAUCCGGGAGGGGGAUGAAUGGAAGACAGCUUUCAACACCCCUACAGGGCAUUAGGAGUAUCAGGUGAUGCCCUUCGGGCUAGCUAAUGCCCUGGCCGUCUUCCAAGCCCUUAUCAAUGAUGUUCUGAGAGGGAUGCUCAACCAAUGUCUGUUUGUAUAUCUCAAUGAUAUCUUAAUAUUUUCCCAGAGUUAUGAAAAGCACGUUCAACAUGUCCAGCAGGUUCUCUCUCGUCUGCUCUUGAACAACCUCUUCGUCAAACUAGAGAAGAGUUCCACAGCACUACAGUCUCUUUCUUGGGUUUCAUCCUGUCAUGUGGCAGUGUACAGAUGGAUCCCAGCAAGGUUUGUGCAGUCCUGGAGUGGCCCCACCCUGAUUCAUUGAAACAAGUUCAAUGCUUUCUGGGUUUCGCCAACUUUUAUACGAGAUUUAAUUGAGGCUUCAGUUCCAUUGCGGAACCUCUCACAGCUCCCUCCAGGAGGUCUGGCACACCCUUCCAGUGGACAGAGAAGGCUAACCAGAGCUAUUUACUUCAACUCCCAUAUUGACCCUUCCAGAUACUGAGUUAUUGUUUAUUAAUGAGUUGGAUGCAUUGGACAUGGGUGUGGGAGCAGUUUUGUCCCAGAGAAUGACUAGGGACAAUAAACUCCAUCCUUGUGCCUUCUUUUCACAUCGACUGACAGUAGCAGAGAAGAACUAUGAUAUAGGGAAUCAGGAGUUGCUGACUGUUAAGCUGGCAUUGGAGGAAUGGAGCCACUGGCUGGAGGGUGCUAAACACCCAUUUGUGAUAUGGAUGAAUCACAAGAACCUCACUUACAUCCAGGGAGCCAAAAGGUCAAAUCGUCGACAAGCUUGGUGGGCCCUUUUAACCGUUUUGACUUUGUCCUCUCUUACAGACCUGGUUCCAAGAAUAUUAAGCCUGAUGUUCUGUCAAGGCAGUUCGGGUCCCAGGAAGAUGAAGACAGGUCAGAGCCCAUCAUACCAAGGUACAGAGUGCUGGCAGGCAUCCAGUGGGACUUGGAGACAGCAGUAAGGAAGGCCCAAAUUCACCAACCUGACCCAGGUAAUGGUCGCCUCUUUGUGCCUAACACCAUCAGGUCCGAAGUACUGGAGUGGGGUCAUGCCGCACCAUCAUCUGGACAUCCAGGGGUCCUAAGAACCCUGAGGUGGAUCCAGUCUAAGUUCUGGUGGCCCAACAUGGGACUGAUGUCCGGAGAAUGGUUGCUGUAUGUUCCACAUGCGCCCAGAAUAAGGAACCUAGAGCCCUCCCUCAAGCAGGUCAGAUGGCAGAACUUCUCAUGCAACAUGUCUUUAGAAUUCAUGGGUUUCCUCAGGAUAGUGUCUGAGAGGGGUUCCUUGUUUACCUCAAGAUUCUGGAAGGCUUUUGGACGUCUAAUCGGUUCCACCAUCAGCUUGUCCUCAGAGUUCCAUCCCCAAUCCAGUGGCCAGACAGAGAGAGUGAACCAGGAGAUUGAGAAGACCCUCAGGUAUCUGGUCUCGAACAACCCGAGUACAUGGAGCUCCCAGAAUUUGCCCAUAACACUCUCCAGCCCUCAUCAUUGGGUAUGUCUCCAUUUGAAUGCCAGUUUGGGUCCCCCCUCCCCCCUUCUCUGUUUUCUGAACAGGACCUUCAAGCACAGGUCUAGCUGCAGCCCAGUUAGUCCGGAGGUGCUGGAGGGUCUGGCAGAGAGCUCAGGAAGCUCUGUUAAAGCCAUCCUGGGAACAACAGAAACAGGUCAGUCGACGUCAGCGGACAGGUCCAUCACUCUGUCCAGGGCAGAGAGUGUGGCUUUUGACUAGGAAUCUCCCAUUGCACCUUGAGUCAUAGAAACUAGGUCCUAGAUACAUUGGACCUUUCAAGAUUCUCAAGAAAAUACACCCAGUCUCUUACCAACUCCUAUUGCCCAGGUCUAUGUGCAUACACCCCACAUUCCAUGUUUCAUGCCUUAAACCUGUCAUCUACUCUCCAUUGUCUCCUGCAGUCAGACCACCUCCAGUUCCUCGGAUGGUGGAGGGGCAACCAGCUUACUUCGUGCAGAGACUUUU